AGGAGGAGAAUCUCCCCUGUCCGCGCGCUUCUCAUGCUGGAAGCCCAAACUUUAGUCGGUGGUUCUGUGCUGAAGGAGCGCAGCCUCCACACACACACAGUCUCACACACACACACCAUGCAGCAGCAGCCGCGCGGGGUGUUUGGACUCCUACACGUCGCCAUUUUCCUGUGGAUGGCUUUCUGCGUCAAGGACUCUCUGCAGGGGGAACACCAGAGGAGGCUGUAUAAGGAGCUGUUGGCCAACUACAACCGGCUGGAGAGACCUGUAGCCAAUGACUCUGCGCCCCUAGUGGUGGAACUGGGACUUACACUGCUCCAGAUUAUAGACGUGGAUGAGAAGAAUCAAGUGCUUAUCACCAAUGCCUGGCUACAACUGGGCUGGACAGAUGUGUAUCUAAGCUGGAAUCCUGAGAAUUAUCCCGGUGUGAAUAACCUACGCUUCCCCUCCAAUCAGAUAUGGACACCAGACAUCCUGCUGUACAACAGUGCUGACGAACGGUUUGAUGCUACUUUUCACACUAAUGUCCUGGUGAAUGCUUCAGGAACAUGCCAGUAUAUACCACCAGGUAUCCUAAAGAGCACCUGUUAUAUAGAUGUGCGCUGGUUCCCCUUCGAUGUGCAGAAAUGUGACCUGAAGUUUGGCUCCUGGACAUAUAACGGCUGGCUGCUGGACCUGCAGAUGCAGGAAGUGGACAUUUCUACUUACAUCCCCAACGGCGAGUGGGACCUAGUGGGUGUUCCGGGGAAGCGUAAUGAGCUUUACUAUGAGUGCUGUAAGGAGCCCUACCCUGACGUGACAUUCACGGUGACCAUGCGCAGACGGACGCUGUACUACGGCCUCAAUCUGCUCAUCCCCUGCGUGCUAAUCUCAGGGUUAGCACUGCUGGUGUUUCUACUGCCUGCAGACUCCGGAGAGAAGAUCUCAUUGGGUAUCACUGUUCUGCUCUCGCUGACCGUCUUCAUGCUGCUGGUGGCGGAGAUCAUGCCGGCCACUUCCGAUUCAGUUCCUCUCAUAGCCCAGUACUUUGCGAGUACGAUGAUGAUUGUGGGUUUGUCGGUGGUGGUCACAGUCCUGGUUCUGCAGUUCCACCAUCAUGAUCCACAAGGGGGGAAAAUGCCAAAAUGGGUGCGGGUGAUCCUUCUAAACUGGUGCGCCUGGUUCUUGCGUAUGAAGAAGCCGGGCGAAGAGCGCAAGUCAGGCUAUAAGUACGCUCACCCACCACUGCACCACGCCAGCGCCAGCAGCAUCCAGAUGGGCGCCGUGCCUGGCCAGGCACCCUCCUCCUCAGCCAGCUCGGCCACCAACGGCCACAUGAACCUCUACUUCGGCUAUCACUCGAUGGACAGCGCCUGCUGCCCUGCCAGCAGUGACUCGGGCGUGUCGUGUGGCGGGCGGCCGGCGGGGGGCUCUCCGGGUCAUGAGCAGCAGCGGGGGGAGGUGGUGGCGGUGGCGGGCGAGAGGGAGAUCCAGCGCAUUCUGGCCGAGGUGCUGUACAUCUCGCAGCGUUUUCGAGCGCAGGACGAGGCCGAGGCCGUGUGCAGCGAGUGGAAAUUCGCCGCCGCCGUGGUGGACCGUCUCUGCCUCGUCACCUUCUCGCUCUUCUCCAUCAUCUGCACCUUCACCAUCCUCAUGUCGGCGCCCAACUUCAUCGAGGCCGUCUCCAAGGACUACACAUAAUCACGUGGUCCUCGCUUUGCUAUUAUUAUUUUGUUUUUUGUAGAUAAAUUAGAUGUGCUAGAGAAAAACUAACCACCACCACAUGACUCUGUAUGAGAAAUGAGAUUCGUUGUGAGUCAUUGUGAUUUUGUGUGUGAAUCAGUGUGAGGAGUGUGAAUGAAUGAGAGUCAGUGUGAUUCAGUGUGAGUCGCUGCGAUUCACUGAAUUCGUAUCAGUGUCAGCAGUGUGAAUCACUGAGAUUGUGUGUGAAUGAUUGAAGUUCAAUGUAAAUCAGUGAGAUUCUGUGUGAGUCACAGUGAGUCACUGUGAUUCAUUGAGUCUGUUUAGGUGUAAAUCAGUGAUUUUCAGUGUGAAUCAGUGUGAAACGUGAGUCACUGCCAUUCAUUGUGAUUUGGUGCAAGUGUGAGUCAGUGAGGUUUGUUGUAAUUCACUGAGUCACAGCGAUUCACCGAGUCAGUUUAAGCUUGUGAGUUUUGGUGUAAAAUUGGUGAAAUUCAGCAGUGUGAAUUGGUGCAAUUCAGCAGGAAUCACUUGGACUUUUUGAGUCUGUUUAAGUGUGACUCAGUGUGAAUCAGUGAGAUUCAAUAUGAAUAACAAAAUCUGCAGUGAAUCAAUGAGUUUUGGAGAGAAUCAGUGAGAUUCAGUGUGUCAGGUCAGGUGUGACAGUGUGAAUCAGUACGAUUUGGUGUGAAUCAGUAAGAUUCAGUGUGGUACUGUGAGUUGCUGCGAUUCAUUGAGGCACUGUGAUUCAGUGUAAGUGUGAGUCAGUGUGAGAAGUGUGAAUCAGUUUGAGUGAUUUUAAGACGUGUGACUGAGUGAGUGCGUUUGAAUCAUUGUGUACUGCCAAAGUUGUUUCGUUCCUGGUCAUUUUUGAGAAACAUGAACAAAAUGAAAAAGAAAAAAAAAUAUUGACCAAACUGAGUGUAUUUUUCAAAUCUAGUUACUUCUCAGCAAACAUGUAGACCUUCAGAAAAACUUCUGGACUUUAGUUUAUUGUGGUUGUCCACUGUAGCCUCUCUCUGGAGCAGGCGUGGUGCAGUAGUUUGGUGUACUGAGUGUGAUGUUGACACUCUCUUUGCCUCUCCAUAUACUGCUCUCCGAACACUGUGCUGUUGCUAAGCUCCUCCCACAUCACAGCUGCGUAUCACUGCUUUCGUUGUCGUUGUUGCUGUUUUGGUUUUAUUAAUCGGUUUGUCACUCAGUCACUGUGCAAAUGUAGAAAUCCACCACCCUGCUGAAGAAUCUAAGAAAGCUUUAUAAUGGAAAAGUUAGAGUGCCAUGAAUUUUGUCGGAAUUAUAACGGACACCAGAGCGACUUCCCUAAGAGUUUUUCCUCCACUGUGAUCCUCGAAGCCUGUCAUGAAACCGUACUCCAUAUUUCGAUGAGGGUUUGCAUCACACAUCCAGGUGAUCCAUGUUAAAAUUUGCUGUUUUCCCUGUUUUAAUGUACCUGAGUCAACUCAGGAAUUUCGAUGGGUUUGGUAAUUCGCUGGGAAAGCCUAGAACUCUGCCGAAAAAGAGGGCCCACACUCUAAAUCCUGGAACCACCCUAAAAUAUAUGCUUUCUUUGUUGUGACCAUUCUUUAUUUGUAGUUCUGAAUUCAUUUGAUUGCACAUGUAUAGUGUUCUGUCAGUUUCUAUCGCUCGAAGCGCACUAUCAACGACAUGGACAAUGAUGUUCCAGGGUUGCUCAGAUCGGAAAGACUGAAAACAUGAGAAGAAUUUCAAUCGUGCAUUCAGGAACAUGUGAUGAGAUGUAGUCUGGUGUCCCUGUAACCGAUCUGAUCUGAUAUUUUUAUGUAAAAUGUACUUAUAUAUGUAUAAUAUCAGCACUGUGGUCAAAGUACAGUAUUUCACCUGUAGCGUGUGUUGUGCUCCAAUCUGAUUUGUCCUGUAUUGUUCUCUCUGUGAAUCCGCUUUGCAAUAUGUACAGACA